GUUUCCUCAUAUUAAUGGGGGAAACUUCAACCACACCUCAGCGGUCUGGGAAACACAGAGUCAUUUCCACCCUUAGCUCUUUACACAAGAGUUGCUUCACUUCAGCCGCUCACUGGGGCUCUCGCUUACAUCUAAGAUUCGUCUGUAACAGCUCUGCCUCAUAUAAGCCCCACAGUCCUACAGAAUCAACUGGAAAUCAGGGGCCCAGAAUAACUGAGGGAAUAAGGGGUCUUGUGUGUGUGUAUAUAUACUUACAGCAAAGACAUCAACAAGGAUUCUGUCAGUGAUCAGGACAGAGUUUUUUGGACGAGCCACGGCUUAUAUCGCUGAGUGUUGAGGAUUCGAUUCUCUCUCUGUCUUGUCUCUAAACGGCCUGCAGGGUGGCGAGAGAGAGGGGGGAAUCCAACCGGUGCAUGCCGGAGAUGAGUGCGUUCUGGCAUAAGAUCGGCUGCUGCGUGGUAGCCAAACCUCCUCCGAAGAAGAAACGGAGGAGAAUUGACCGUAGCAUGAUCGGAGAGCCCACAAACUUCAUUCAUCUGACACACAUAGGCUCUGGUGAAAUGGCAGAUGGCAUGCAGCCGUCUGGCCCAAUGCAGGAACAAAUGAGAUCCAAAGUGCCUCACGCUAAUGGACGAAACAGCUUGUUAUAGCCUUUCUACCUGCAUUUUUUGUUUUUACCCCAAUCUCCGUAAAGUGUUCUCAGCAGAACCAGUCCAGCUAGCAGCACUGCACCAAUGAGGAGGAAAUAAAGAGCGGAUCCUGAUCACAAAAAAAUGACAACCUCCUUGCUGCAGCUACCAACAUGGACGCCACCUCUGCAGGUUUUUUAUGUUUUGGAUCCUCUGGAAUGUCUCAGAGGACACGUUUGUCCCCCUCUCUACUCUAAGACUGUUAUUGAAUUUGGACCGAUUGUAUGAGAACGCCUGACAAAGAGUGUGAAUGUGUGACAUGUCCAUUUGAGACACUGGCUGUGCUUGCUGUGGAAGAGGAAAGGCUCUUAUCGCUUUAACCCAGGGGACUAUUUGACUGCCUUCCCAAAGUUAUAACUGGCAUGUUUGUCAUAGUCUGUCAUUGAUAAGGAUGUGCGCAAGUGUGUGUUUGCUUUUGUUUUGUAAUGGAAAUAUAUGUGCACCAAUACCAUUAUAGUGUCUCCAACUGCUCGGGAUUAACAGUUGCACAAAUUAGUGUAUUAUACAAAGCCCUCCGGUAUGUGUAUAGUAGAUGGAUAUAGUAUGAAAAUAUAGCUUUUUUUUUUAAUUUCCGCAUGUCUGCUAUUGCUUUAACAAAUAGUGCGUAAUGGCCUUUGUAACUCUAAAGGAAUAGUUUCGAAAAAUACAUAAAAUAAAAAAUCAUUCACCUUCAAGUCAUUUCAAACCCAUAUCUAUGGAAGCCCGUUUCCGCCACUAAAUAAAAAAAAAUAAAAAAGGUAAUUGCGUCUUUUAUUUUUGCAACUUCUCUUCUCGCUAUUGCAAGUUUACGUCUUGCAGUUCUGACUUUUUUCUCAGAAUUGUGUGAUUAAAAACUCGCAGUUGUGAGUUAUAAAGUCAGAUUGCGAGAUAUAAACUCGCAAUUCUGAUUUUCCCUCUCAAAAUUGGGCUCUCACAAUUGUGAGUUUAUGUCAUAAUUCUUAAGAGAAAAGUCUGAAUUGCGAGUUUUUCUUGCAGUUUAUUUCUCACAAAUACGAGUUUAUACCACGCAUUUGUGAGAAUAAAAGUCAGAAUUGCGAGUUUUUAUCUUGCUUUUAUCUAUCUUCUGACUUCAUUUCUGAGAGAUUGUAUUACAGUUCUGAGAAUUUUUUUCUCGCAUUUCUGACUUUAUUGCUCACAAAUGAGUUUCAGGAUUGUGAAAUAUAAACUCGUAGUUGUGAGGAAAACAGUCAAAGUUGUGAGAUACAAAUUCACAUUUGCGAGAAAAAAGUUUGACUUGUGAGUUUUUCUCACAUUUCUGACUUUUUCACAAAUGUGAGUUUAUAUCACGCAAUUCUGAGAAAAAAGUCAGAAUUGUGAAAUAAACUCGCGUUUCAAAAAGUCAGACGAAGUCAGAAUUGACUUCAUUUCUGAGAGUUUGUAUUACAGUUCUGAGAUUUUUUUUUUUUUUUUUUUUUUUUUUUUUCCACAUUUAACUUUAUUGCUCACAAAUGAGUUUAUAUCAUGCAAUUCUGAGAAAAAGGAUUGUGAAAUAUAAACUCGUAGUUGUGAGGAAAAUUCACGUUUGUGAGAAAGUCAGAAUUGUGAGUUCUUGCAUUUCUGGCUUUAUUUCUCGCAAAUGUGAGUAUAUCACGCAGUUCUGAGAAAACAGUCAGAAUUGUGAGAUAUAAGCUCGUAAUUGCAAGAAAAGUCAAAAUGGCGAGAUACAAACUCCCGUUUGCGAGAGUCAGAAUUGCGAGUUUUUCUCGCAUUUCUGACUAUUUCUCGCAAUUGUGUUUCACUCAAUUCUGAGAAAAAAGUCAGAAUUGUGAGUUUUUCUUGCAUUUUUUGCUUUCUCGCAAUUGACAAAUCUAUACUCGCAGUUACGAGGAAAAAAGUCAAAAUUGUGAGAAAAUCAGAAUUGCAAGAUAUGAACUCACAAUUGCGAUAUUUCGCAUCUUUCUAUCUUGCAAUUCUGACUUUCUCGCAAUUGUGAGUUUAUAUCACGCAAUUCUAAGAAAAAGGUCAGGAUUGUAAAAUAUAAACUCAUAGUUGUGAGGAAAAUUCACGUUUGUGAGAAAGUCAGAAUUGCGAGUUUUUCUAACAUUUCUGACUUUAUUUCUCGCAAAUGUGAGUAUAUCACGCAAUUCUAAGAAAACAGUCAAUUGCAAGAAAAGUCAAAAUGGCGAGAUACAAACUCACGUUUGCGAGAGUCAGAAUUGCGAGUUUUUCUUGCAUUUUUGUCCUUACUUUCGCAGUUGAGAAAUCUAUACUCACAGUUACGAGGAAAAAAAGUCAAAAUUGUGAGAAAAUCAGAAUUGCGAGAUGUGAACUCGCAAUUGUGAUAUUUCGCAUCUUUCUAUCUUGCAGUUCUGACUUUCUCGCAAUUGUGAGUUUAUAUCACACAAUUCUGAGAAAAAAAAGUCAGAAUUGUGAGAGAAAUUUCCAAUAACCUUUUUUUUGUUUUGUUUUAUUUAAAUUCAUUGGUGGAAAUGGGCUUCCAUAUAUUUGGGGGGGGGGUUUCUGAUUUUUUUUUUUUUUUUCCUUUUCCUUUAAAUUUUUUGGAGAGCAUUUAACAUGCACUAAAUUGUUGUAAAAGUCUGUUAAAAAAAAAAAAAAAACGACAUGAGGGCGAGUAAAUAAUUAUCACUUUUAGGUGAGUUAUUCCUUUAAUCCCUGAGUAUUAUAAAAAGACUAUUAUCUGUUUAUCUGAGCGGAGACUUUGAACGGCGGCUUUCUGCCAGUAGUGAGCCACUGCCCUUUGUCAUUUAAACCUCACAUUUAGUCUCACUUUCACACAUCAAGCUCCACCCCGCACAAGCUCAAACACACGCUCUCUGUUUCCAGUCCUCACACGGCACCAUGAUUAUAUCACUGAUUUACACACACACACACACACACACACACACACACACACACACACUUUGUAUUCUCUGUACUUUGUUUUCGAAUGCAGCUCAGUGUAGCACAAUGUUGGGCUGAAAUGUUAAACACCAUGUUUUUGCUUGUAAUUGUGAUGUUUUAUUUCGAACGCAUUGCUUUUGCAAGAACCCGAACUGUAAUUUACUUUGUGUUUGCUGUAAUUUGUUAGGAAAUGUCAUAGCACGCGAAAGCUUGCAGAAUGUGCAUGAUGCUUUAGAAAUCCAGUGUUUUAAUGUAU